UUAAUCUGAAUCAGGAUGGCUAAAGGUUUUACAGAGGAAGUUCUGAACAGGGGUAGGAACAGGAACCCUUCCGCUGAGCGUGUGAACGAGUCGGCGUCAUUACCGGGGAGCACCCGCUGCCCUGAACCACACUUUUCAGUCAUGGGGAGACUGCGAAAGAAACACAACUGGAAAGGGAGGCAGCAGAAUGAAGCCAAACCUGCACCUACAGAGCUGAAGGAGUCUGAUGUGAUGGUGGAAGUAACAGACUAUGCUGGUCUAAAAGGAGUGGAUGAAAGCAAUGCUCUCGUUCUCCCAGCCACCAAAGCUAAGAAACAGAAGGUUCAGCAGCAAGUCAAUAAGAAAAAACCUCUUACCAAGAAACAGAGGAAGAACCUGGAGAAAGUUCUAGAGCAGAAAGAGAAGAAAGCUAAUCGAGCAAAUAUCUUAAAUAAACUGUCAGAAGUUCAGCUGCCAGAAACUGAACUGAAGCUGCUUUACACAUCCUCCAAACUGGGCACUGGAGACAAACUCUUUGAAAUUAAAACGUCUCUUGAUGAGAGCCAGGACGACAGUUCAGCUCCUUUCAAAAUCAGCAGUCUGAGUGGCGCUAACAGAAAGAGAAAGAGAAGAAGAGCAGAUGAAGAUCAGGAUGAAAGUGAAGAAGAAGACUCUUCUGCCGAGAAGAUGAAUGAAGCCUCUGACUCAUCUUCAGAGGAUGAGAUGGACGAGGAAGAAGACGGUUCAGAAAAGGAAACACUUGCAGAAAAGGUGGAGGAGCAAAAGGAGGAGGAGAAACAGACUGUAGUAGAACAGAAGGAGGAGAAGAAAGAGAGUAAUGAAAAAAAAUCAAAACAAGCUUUGCACAAGAAAGGGGAGUGCAAGCCUGCUGUGUUCAUCCCGGUGGACAGACUGCCUGAGAUACAGGAGGCUCGGCUGAAGUUGCCAGUUCUGGCUGAGGAGCAGGUGAUCAUGGAGGCAGUGAGGGAGAAUGAAUCUGUUGUGUUGUGUGGAGAAACAGGCAGCGGAAAAACUACACAAGUUCCACAGUUCCUCUAUGAGGCUGGAUAUGCCAGUGCUGGUAGGAUUAUUGGUGUGACUGAACCCAGGAGAGUAGCAGCUGUCAGCAUGUCUCGCAGAGUUGCUAAAGAGAUGAAUCUCUCCACAGGGGUGGUGUCGUAUCAGAUCAGAUAUGAGGGAAAUGUCACUCAGGACACCAAGAUCAAGUUCAUGACGGACGGUGUCUUGCUGAAAGAAAUUCAGAGGGACUUCCUGUUGCAGAAGUACAGUGUGAUUAUAAUUGAUGAGGCUCAUGAGCGUAGUGUGUACACAGACAUCCUCAUUGGCCUGCUCUCGCGAAUCGUACCGCUCCGCAACAGGAAAGGUUUACCCAUGAAGUUGCUGAUCAUGUCGGCUACACUGCGAGUGGAGGACUUCACAGAGAACAAGAGACUGUUUCGCACUCCUCCUCCAGUCAUCUCGGUGGAGGCUCGUCAGUUCCCAGUCUCUGUUCACUUUAACAAACAAACACCAAUGGACGAUUACACAGGAGAGGCCUUCCGCAAAACAUGCAAGAUUCACCGCAUGCUGCCUCCAGGUGGUAUCCUGGUGUUUCUGACUGGCCAAGCUGAGGUUCACACUUUGUGCAGGAGAUUAAGGAAAGCUUUUCCCUACAGAGCCAGCUCACAAACUGAUGCCGAGGACCCAUCAGAGGAGCUCAGAAAGUCCAAGAAAGCAAAAAAGAAGAAAUUUGUGUCUCUUCCUCGGAUAGACCUGGAUAACUACUCUGCUCUGCCUGUGGAUGAGGGUGAUGAAGAUCGGCAGGCUGGCAUUGAUGACGACAGUGAUGAAGGGUCUGACCUGGACCUGGAUUUAGGAGAUAACCCGGAUGACACGGUGGAAGAGGCUGAUCCCUCCAUCCCUCUGUACGUACUGCCUCUCUAUUCACUCCUGGCACCAGAGCAGCAGGCUAAAGUGUUCCGUCCACCUCCUCCAGGAGCUCGUUUGUGUGUGGUCGCCACUAAUGUGGCCGAGACGUCUCUUACUAUUCCGGGUGUUAAGUACGUGGUGGACUGUGGCCGGGUGAAGAAGAGAUUCUACGACAGAGUGACGGGAGUCUCCUCCUUUAAGGUCACCUGGAUUUCACAGGCCUCAGCCAAUCAGAGAGCUGGGAGAGCCGGAAGAACAGAGUCAGGGCACUGCUAUAGGCUCUACUCCUCUGCAGUUUUUGGGGAUUUCAGCUUGUUCUCUGAGGCUGAGAUCACUCGACGACCGGUCGAUGACCUCGUCCUUCAGAUGAAAGAUCUCAACAUUGAGAAGGUAGUGAACUUCCCGUUCCCUACUCCACCCUCCUCUGAAGCACUGGUGGCUGCUGAGCAGCUGCUGGUCUCUUUGGGAGCUCUGGAGGAACCGCCUCGCCAGGGACGGAUGGUGGAUCAGAAGAGGGCUCGUCUCUCUUGCCCUAUAACCCCUCUGGGUCGAGCAAUGGCAGCGUUUCCUGUUUCGCCACGCUACGCUAAGAUGCUAGCGCUGGGCCGCCAGCAGGGCUGCAUGCCCUACAUCAUUACUAUUGUGGCAGCCAUGACAGUCAGAGAGAUUUUUGAAGAACUUGACAGACCUGCCAGCAGUGAGGAGGAGAGCAGUAAGCAGGCUUCCAGAAAAGCUCGCUUCAGCCAGAUGAGGAGACUGUGGGCAGGGCAGGGUCAGUCUUUACUGCUGGGAGACCUCAUGGUGAUGCUUGGUGCUGUAGGGGCAUGCGAGUUUGCUGGCUGCACACCAGCUUUCUGUGAGGAGAACGGUCUUCGAUACAAAGCUAUGCUGGAGAUACGACGGUUACGGGGGCAGCUUACAAAUGCAGUGAAUGCUGUGUGUUCAGAUGCAGCAGUAUGUGUGGAUGGCAAAAUGGCUCCCCCUACUGAGUCUCAGGUGGUGUGUCUGAGGCAGAUUGUGCUGGCAGGACUGGGUGAUCAUCUGGCCAGAAGAGUUCAGGCUGAGGAGCUGCUGGAUCCAAAAUGGAGAAACGGCUACAAGACUCCCCUGCUGGAUGAGCCUGUGUUCAUCCACCCUUCCUCUGCCCUUCACAAAACCCUACCAGAGUUUGUUGUCUACCAGGAAGUUAUGGAGACCACUAAGAUGUACAUGAAAGGCGUGUGUGCAGUGCAAGCCGAUUGGAUCCCGAAGCUCCUCCCACAGUAUUGCCACUUCAGUGGACCAGAACAGAACCCCGCCCCGUGGUACUGCCCACUUAGCGGCAAAGUGAAGUGUCAACAACAGAGCACCUUCUUCAGAGUUGCUUGGAAGCUUCCAGCCAUAGAAAUGGAUCAUCCAGAAGGUCUGGAGCGAUACAAACUGUUUGCCAAGUUUCUGUUGGAGGGACAGGUUUGUCCUAAGUUGCAGCAGUUCAGCACAUGUUUACUGUCUACCCCCUCAACAAUGCUGAAGACCUGGGCCAAACUGCAACCUCGAACUGAAUCACUUCUCUCAGCACUGGUGUCGGAAAAAGUCGACAACAGGGAUGCCUUACAAGCUGUAUGGCAGAAAAAAGAAAAAUUUCUCCUGUCAGCAUACUGCCAGUGGAUUCCAGAGUCACUUCACCAAGACGUUACGAAGAGUUGGCCUCCUAUCUGAGACACACACACUCCCACACACAUGUAUCCUGCCUAACCACCUGUCUUACCUUCACACAAAACACACACACACACACCAGCCCUUUGAACUGUAAACAGAGCUGGUCUCGGAGGAUUUAUGCCUUUGUAGCCACACAACGCAGGGCUUCUAAAGACAGCUUCUCCCUGGUCUCUGGUGGGAUGGAACCAAUGCCUUUUUUUCUACAUUUACCAGCUUUAUACUGUGUAUUUAUUUGGACUCACUUUGGACUGAAGAUAAUGGGGUGGCAACCUAAAGGGCAUUUGGACUAAUUUUAUGUAUGUUUAUACUUUGAAAAAAGUAUUGAAUCGAAUUUAUUUAAUUCAUCAUAAUUAACUUGUUUAAAUGUGUUCCUCACAUUAACGUAGAGUAAAUAUUACAUCAAUGCUACUGGUGGAAGUAGAUAUGUGACAUGUUUGUAUAAACAGUUAUAUGUAGAAAUUCUGUAAACAUUUCAGUCAAGUAAAUUCAGUGCAUUACUGUUUUACACAGUUACUGUACUGAUGUUGCUCAGUCUUAGUCUCAGACUGUGCCUAAUCUUCUAUAGUCUGGGUCUGGGAUUAGACCUCAGGGUUCAACACCUAAAACACAAGCAGGUGGAGUUUAAUUUCAGAAUGGACACUUGGGAUCUUAUCAGCCUUACAACAUGCUGUGUUGUAAAAUAAACAAAUAAACACCUUUUUUAAAAUUCA